UCGUGUGUAGCAGCUAUUCACACAUCAUAGAAAAGGAACUAUCGUGUUCGUGAUUUGCGAACAACAAAUGGCUAACGCAAUAGAUGUCGUCGAUUGGGAAGAUCUCAGAAGACAAGCAAGACAUUUGGAAAAUGAUAUUGAUGCAAAAUUGGUAGCAUUUAGUAAGCUCGGUGUCAACAGUGGUUCCAAGCUUGUUAAUAGUGAUGAAGUUCCUCUUUUAGAUGAAGAACAUGUCUUUGAAAAUAUGGCUUCUGAAAUAGAAGCAUUGCUUACUAAAUUGUUUUCAAUAAAUGAAAGAAUGGGCAAAUUGCAACCAAAUGGUGCUGCAAUGUUGCAUACAAUGCAACGCCAUAAAGAAAUAUUGAAAGAUUAUAAAUUGGAAUUCAGUAAGAUUAGAAACAAUUUUGCUACAAGAAGAGACAGGGAAGAUUUACUAGGAAGUGUUCGUAAAGAAAUCGAUAACUACAAAAGUGUAAGUGGAUUGAAUCGUCGGGAAAUGUAUUUAAAAGAAAAUCAACAUAUUCAUAAUUCCGAUCGUCUGCUCAAUGAUCAAAUAAGCAUAGCAAUUGAAACCCGAGAUCAUUUGAUGACCCAAAGGCAAACAUUUAAACGUAUACAAACCAGACUAAAUGACAUCUCAAAUAGAUUUCCAGCCGUAAAUAGUAUAGUGCAAAGGAUAAAUCUACGUAAAAGACGAGAUUCUCUUAUUCUCGGCCUUAUUAUUGGAUUUUGCACAUUUCUUAUGCUGCUCUAUGCUUUUCACUAAAUAAUAUUCCAUACCAAAGUACUUCCACCCAUAAGGGGUUAGUGAUUCAUCGAUGGGAAUGCAUAUAUGUAGACGAGGUAUUUGGUGAUGUAUUUACGACAUAUAAUGAAUAAGAAACACAGAAGUGAAAAGUGCGUGAUUUAUGCGUAAGUGAACUUUGAAUGGUCGAAUGAAUGUCCUCUCGUUUGGACGAGUUAAGAAAGUAAAAAAGAAGAAAAAAGAAAAUGUUAAACUGUACAGUUUUUUUUAUACGUAACGUAAGUCGUGGGUGGUAUUAUGUAAAAAAUUUUAAUCCACGAUUAACAUGUUAAUUUAA